AGGCUUGUUCUGAUAUAUUAUUUUAAGUUUACUUAUCUAGAGUUGACUUUACUUUAGCUUUAAAAUCUUGGAGCAACAAUCAAUGACCAUGCCAGAUCAAACAAGUUCAGAAGUACAAAUGGAGAACUGGUCAAAAGUUCAGAAAUAUCAAGUUCAGCCUUUUCAGGAUAAUGAAAUCUCAUUAAUUAUUAGUUUUGCUGAACUAACCAAAAUACAUGGACUCUGUAAGAGUGGAAAAACCAAGCAAACACUUCCUAUCCAAAGAUAUUGUCCAAAGUUGCCAGGAACAAGAGACUAUAUUGAAAAAGAAAAAUUCACAGCCAGAUGACCAACUUGUUGCCAAUUCUGCUGGAUGCAUGUACCAUGAACAUAAUAAACUAGCAAAACAGACUUUGUUUGAGAAGACAAAAUUUCUGAUGGAUAACCAGAGGAACUUUCAGGCCAUUGACUUCCACCCAGAGGAUGAUGCAGCAUACUCUAACACUGAAAAAUUGAAUAUUAUAGAACAGAAAAGCAGUGAUCUACUCUGUGAUCUUAUGGCACCUUUUCACAUUACAGAAAAUAUAGAUAAAGACAAGAUGAUAUCACUCCUUCUAAAAGAAUUGAAUAUUCUCAGGACAACCAAUAAAAAGCUUCAAGAAAAACUGGCUCAAGAAAGUAAAGAAUUGAAGACACUAAAGCUUGAACUGGAACUCCUAGAGAGAGCAACAGAAGCCAAAAUUGCUGAAAAGACAGCAGCUCUGGUUGAAGAAAUCUAUUUUGCACAGAGGGAACGUGAUGAAGCUAUCAUGUCUAGACUCCAAUUAGCCAAUGAGGAGAAAGAUGAAGCCAUUUCACGAGCCAGGGAACUUGAGAAAUAUCUGAAAGAGCUAGAAAAUAUUAACCCUGAAGAAAAUGACAUGACAUUACAGGAAUUACUGAACAGAAUAAACAAUGCAGACACAGGGAGUGCUAUCCAGAGUAAUGGAGCUGUAAUUAUGGAUCGAAUAUACAAGAUCAAGGAAUGUAAAGAGAAAAUAACUACUGAGAAAAUGAAGGCAGUGAUUGAGGAACGUGAUGCUGCUUUGUCUAAGUGCAAACGGCUAGAGCAGGAGCUUCAUCAUCUGAAAGAGCAGAACCAGACUUCGGCAAACAACAUAAGACAUCUGACUGCUGAAAACAAUCAAGAACGUGCUCUGAAGACAAAGUUGUUAUCUAUGCAAGAAGAUAGAGAAACUGUUAUUCAACAAUAUAAAAAAUUAAAAGAAGAAAUCGAAACUCUGCAGAUUUACUACAGUUUACACAAAUCUUUAUCCCAAGAAGAAAGUCUAAAGGAUCAAUUUAAUUGUACUCUUAGUACCUAUGAGGAUGCUUUAAAAAACAGAGAGGAUAUUGUUUCCAUCACUCAUCAACAAAAUGAGGAACUGGCCAUCCAUCUGCAGCAAGCCCUGACAGAGAGAACAAACAUGGAAUUAAAGCUUCAGCAAGCUUUAGAGGCCUCCCAAGAGGCCAGUGAAAAAGUCCAAAAGUUGGAAAGGUUGGUGGACGUUCUGAGGAAGAAGGUUGAAACAGGGACCAUUAGGACGGUGAUCUGACUGAAAGCUUUAGUCUGGGGAAGCAAUCACAUCUGGUGACCAGGCUGCUUCAUUCAAUACUAUGCAAACACUAAAGCCUUCACUUAACAAACAGUUGUUAGAAGUGGAACACUUCAACGACAUACCAAGCUGAGAUAAAAUCAAAUCACAAAUGUUUAACCAUUUUGUUGCUGAGUUUGGAUUAUUUAUCC